GCGAGUGAGAGAGAUGUGAUUGUGCGUGUCGGGACGAGCUCAAGUCUGCACGAAGUGGUCAGAAAGCAGCCGAAAGUCCGCGGCGCACUUAGUACACACGGGGCGUGGAUUAUUCUGGAGAAAGUGUCGCUGGAUUGACCUGAGGCGCUACUUACUUUUGUUCGUUGUUUCCCGCUCCGCCCUUCAUUCCGCAGCACAUAGCAGCUGUGUUUUAAUGCCCCUGCGCACCCGAGGAGCAGGUCAAGGAGAGCAAAGUGAGGCAGAAGAGACAGAAGAAGAGGAAGGCGUGAGGAGGCCUGGACACCACCCGUCCUCGCCUUUUGGAGCUCGGUCCACUCUCCCCUCCUGGCCCUGCAUGGACAGGGAUGGGGAGAGCCGGAUGCUGUUGCCGCGGGGCUGAGCGCCUCGCGUCCCCGUCUUCAGUGCGCCGUUUCCGGCCAGUGCUACUGUUGGUCACCGCUCUCGUCUGCGUUGCACCGCAAAUUGGUCAGUGCCAAGUGGCUACUCCCCAGUGUCGUAUCCAGAAGUGUACUACGGACUUCGUCUCCUUGACGUCUCACCUCACACCAGCCGUGGAUGGCUUUCAUGUUGAGUUUUGUAAGGCUCUGCGGGCAUAUUCAGCCUGCACACAGAGGACUGCUAAAUCCUGUCGUGGAAACCUGGUCUACCACUCUGCUGUGCUGGGCAUUUCAGAUCUCAUGAGCCAGAGGAACUGCUCAAAAGAUGGACCAACUUCAUCCACACACCCCGAGACCCACCAUGAACCUUGCAACUACCACAGUCGCAGCCAGCACACACAUACCCAUGCACACAGUCACACACAUCCCCACCCCCAUGGACACGGCCAGGGUCACUUCCAGCCUGUGUACCUGUUCUGUGGGCUGUUUGGGGACCCUCAUCUCAGGACAUUUAAAGAUAACUUCCAGACUUGCAAAGUGGAGGGGGCAUGGCCUCUUAUUGACAAUGACUAUCUGUCAGUCCAGGUUACAAAUGUCCCGGUGGUUAGUGGCUCCAGCGCCACUGCAACCAACAAGAUCACCAUCAUUUUCAAGCCAUUUGAAGGCUGUACAGACCAGCGCGUGUACCAGGCGGUCACAGACAAUCUGCCAGCCGCCUUCGACGAUGGCACGGUGAGCAGUGGUGACACUCUCCACUCCUCCGCCACAGCAGAGGGCAGCCUGAGAAAGGUGCGGGCGCUCUGGAUCUCAGAGCGCAGCCCGGGCCGCCAUGUUGAGCUGCACGCCGGAUACAUUGGGGUAACAGUGAUCGUCCGCCAAACAGGGCGCUACCUGACUUUAGCUAUACGCAUCCCAGAGGAGUUUGCUCAGGCUUAUGAUGCCUCUCAAGACCUUCAGCUCUGUCUUAAUGGCUGCCCUAACAGUGAGCGCAUUGACCAGGGGGGGCAUCUCCCCCUGUUCCCUCCAGCACUGGGCCUGCAGCUGCACAGACCUGGUUAUUCUUCAUUGACACAAGCCUCGCCUUACGGCAGCUCACAGCUCUUCAGUGUGGACAGAGCUAAGGACCGCUGCAAAGAACAGCUGGAGAUACACGAUAUUUACUUCCACUCCUGGUUUGACCUCCUGACUACUGGCGACACUAACUUCACUGUGGCGGCAUACAGUGCUCAGAAGGACAUGGAGAGCCUUCACCCGCACAAAGACAGAUGGAGGAUCUACCCCAGAGGAGCAGCUUCUUUACCCACAUAUUCACAUCAAACUUUAUCCUGUCUUCUUGUGCUGUGUGCUCUCAGCACAGCACUGGUCUAAAACAUGGAAGUGGGCUGGAGGAGGUUUGCACUAGAAAGAAAGUUUUGUCAGUUUUUAUUUUGAUGACAACUGAAACUGAGCACUGAAUCCAACCCUUGGUGAUGUGUAGGAUCAUGACACUGUUAUAAUGCCUAUGACACAGGCAGCUCCCGAUGACAGAUGUCCAUGAGGUUGGACCUUUUUUGAAAAAAUAAAAAAAUAUGGGAGUUUCUUGUUCAUGACAAUGGCAGAUGUUGUACAGCAACAGACUGUAAAUAGUUUAUUUUGUGUUCAAUGUGCAGUGCAUAGUUUUGUGCUUAGAUGUGAUUUUUCUUUAAUACCUCAGAACGAGGAUGUUUGUCUUAAAACAGAAGCACUUUACUUUUUUUUUUUUUUUUUUUUACAAUCCAUAUCAGUGUUUUUGUCAUCUACCAAAAAUAAUCAGCCUGUAAAAUAGUACCUUUUGGUUCAAGUGUUUUUCAGCAACAGCUUUACCCAGUAAUCUGUUCAGUCAAUGUGAGUUUUCCUUUGAAUGUACUUUGGAUAGCGUCAAAGCAGAUGCCAUAAGUGUUGCUCUGUUUUGCUGUGUUUAUUUGGAUGUGUGUGAGUUUCAUUGAGUUGGUUGCUCCUUAGAUGGUGCAAAGGUUAAUAAAGUUUGUGUGAAGUGAG